GUAAGUAUUUAUUUUCUGUUUUACGAGACAUAUUAUUCUCUCACAAUAUAUCACCUUUAAUUUAAAAAAUAAAUACUUCUUUUAGUUAGCAGAACCGGGGCAACUAUGCUCGGAAAGAAAAGUUUACUAUGUUAAUUGUGUAGGGGAGAAGAUUCAAAGCAACUAUGCUCGGAUUGUGGUGGUGGUGUGGCUUUUUCUAGCAUUGGUCUUAACCCAAAGCUACACUGCUAACCUCACGUCGAUGCUCACAAUCUCAAGACUCCGACCAAAACUCCGGUCUCCAUCAAAAGUCGGUUGUGAUAAAAAUACAUUCAUGGACAAUUACGUUCGAGAUGUGCUUAACUACAAGAAUGUAAGUCUCAUCAGCGAUGGGGAUGAGUAUCUGCGGGAGUUUGAGGCCGACAAUAUCUCGACAGCAUUUCUUGAGAUCCCUUAUGCCAAAAUUUUUGUCAAUAGACAUUGCAAGAAAUUUACCUUCAUUGGAACCACAUACAGAUUUGGAGGAUUUGGCUUUAUAUUCCAAAAAGGUUCUUCGUUAGUUGUUAAUAUAUUGGAAGCCAUUCUCGAACUCUCAGAGGACGGGACUCUGAAAAGGCUAGAAGAUAAGUGGUUAACUCCCAACAAAGUGUGUUUAAAAUCUUAUCAGAAUAUGAUAGAGAGUACGACGGAGGAGAACGUUGAUAGCUUGAGCCUCCGAAGCUUCUGAGGCCUAUUCCUCUUCUCCGUUGAGACUUCCUCUGUUUAUUUUCUCCUAUUCCUUGGGCACUUACUGAGGAACUACUGCUAUCAUCACUCAUCUCAAGUGGCUGAUGUGAAUGCAAGUAAUGAGAGCGUUUCGGUCAAGACGGUUAAAGUUGUACGUUACUUGAUGAAUGCCGAGAUUAGAAGUCCAUGGAGAUCUCCAUCCUCCCGUCAGGUAGUGCCUGAAACUGAAAUGAGCUAAAAACGCGGAUUGUGUCCGGUGGAGAGUACUGUAACCUUGUAAUGAACAAUGCUAACUGUAAUCUCGAAGACUACAAAGCCGUUAUAGUAGACAUCAAUAUUUUGUACUGCAAAUUCCUUUGUAUCCAUCAAAGCUAAGAAACAACUUGAAAAC